GGGACGUCGGGAGGCGGAGGCGUGGAGGGGCUGCGGCGGGGCGUCCGGUUACAUCUGGGUCUUCCGCACCCGGCGGCCGCAGAGCGCUGAGUUUGCGGGCUCGCAGUUGGGCAGCAUGCGGGCUGCGUGGAUGCGGGCGCUGCUGCUGCAGCUGCUGCUGGCGGGGCCUGGGGGCUGCCUGAGCCGCCAGGAGCUCUUCCCGUUCGGGCCGGGGCAGGGGGACCUGGAGCUGGAGGACGGGGACGACCUCGUCUCCCCGGCCCUGGAGCUGAGCGGGGCGCUCCACUUCUACGACAGAUCCGAUAUCGACUCGGUCUACGUCACCACAAAUGGCAUCAUUGCCAUGAGCGAACCCCCGGCCAAGGAAUCCCAUCCCGGGCUCUUCCCACCGAGCUUCGGCGCGGUCGCACCUUUCCUGGCAGACUUGGACACAACUGAUGGCCUCGGGAAGGUUUAUUAUCGAGAAGACUUAUCUCCCUCCAUCAUGCAGCUGGCAGCAGAAUGUGUCCAGAGAGGGUUCCCAGAGGUCUCGUUCCAACCCAGCAGCGUGGUGGUUGUCACUUGGGAAUCUGUGGCUGCUUACCAAGGGCCUAACCAGGACCCUAUCCAAGAAGGCAAGGUAAGCACCUGCCCAGGUACGAGCUCCAGUCGUCUGACACAUUGUGCUCUUUGUUCUUUUGGUUUGAAGUAUCCUUAUGCACCUUAUGCCUGUGUUAUUGAUAAACAUGAGACCCAAAGCAGAAUCUACAAGGCUGUAGAAAUCUGCUUCAGUGAUGAUCAGACAGAGUGCAGGGACUAUGCUACCGGCUUCUGCUGCAGCUGUGUUGCUGGCUACACAGGGAAUGGCAAGCAGUGUGUUGCAGAAGGUUCCCCUCAGCGAGUCAACGGGAAGGUGAAAGGGAGGAUCUUCGUGGGGACCAGCCAGGUGCCCGUGGUCUUUGAGAACACCGACCUGCACUCUUACGUGGUGAUGAACCACGGGCGCUCCUACACAGCCAUCAGCACCAUUCCCGAGACCGUGGGGUACUCUCUGCUCCCUCUGGCCCCCAUCGGAGGCAUCAUUGGAUGGAUGUUUGCCGUGGAGCAGGACGGAUUCAAGAAUGGGUUCAGCAUCACUGGGGGCGAGUUCACGCGCCAGGCGGAGGUGACCUUCGUGGGGUACCCAGGCAAGCUGGUCAUUAAGCAGCAGUUCAGCGGCAUCGAUGAGCACGGACACCUGACCAUCGACACAGAGCUGGAGGGCCGCGUGCCACAGAUCCCAUUCGGCUCCUCCGUGCACAUUGAGCCCUACACUGAGCUCUACCACUACUCCAGCUCAGUGAUCACUUCCUCCUCCACUCGGGAGUACACGGUGACCGAGCCCGAGCGAGACGGCACUGCCCCGUCACACACCUACACUUACCAGUGGCGUCAGACCAUCACCUUCCAAGAGUGCGUCCACGAUGACUCGCGGCCAGCCCUGGCCAGCACCCAGCAGCUCUCGGUGGACAGCGUGUUUGUCCUGUACAACCAGGAGGAGCAGAUCCUGCGCUAUGCACUCAGCAACUCUAUCGGGCCUGUGAGAGAUGGCUCCCCUGAUGCCCUUCAGAAUCCUUGCUACAUUGGCACUCAUGGCUGUGACACCAACGCUGCCUGUCGCCCUGGCCCUGGGACCCAAUUCACCUGCGAGUGCUCCAUUGGCUUCCGAGGAGACGGGAAGACCUGCUAUGAUAUUGAUGAAUGCGUAGAGCAGCCGUCAGUGUGUGGCAGCCACGCUCUCUGCAACAACCACCCAGGCACCUUCCGCUGCGAGUGUGUGGAGGGCUACCGGUUUUCCGACCAGGGAACGUGUGUGGCUAUCAUGGACCAGCGUCCCAUCAAUUACUGUGUGACUGGCCUCCACGACUGUGACAUACCCCAGCGGGCUCAGUGUGUCUACACAGGAGGCUCCUCUUACACCUGUUCCUGCCUGCCGGGCUUCUCUGGGGAUGGCCGAGCCUGCCAAGAUGUGGAUGAAUGCCAGCCGAGCCGAUGCCACCCUGAUGCCUUCUGCUACAACACCCCAGGAUCCUUCACGUGCCAGUGCAAACCUGGCUACCAGGGAGACGGCUUCCGUUGUAUACCUGGAGAGCUGGAGAAGACCCGGUGCCAGCUGGAGCGAGAACACAUUCUUGGAGCAGCAGGGGCAGCAGAUGCACAGCGGCCCCGCCCACCAGGGCUGUUUGUCCCCGAGUGUGAUGAGCACGGACACUACUCGCCUACCCAGUGCCACGGCAGCACGGGCUACUGCUGGUGCGUGGAUCGCGACGGCCGUGAGGUGGAGGGCACGAGGACCAGACCCGGGAUGAGGCCCCCAUGUCUGAGUACUGUGGCUCCACCGAUUCAUCAGAGACCCUUAGUACCUACCGCUGUGAUCCCUCUGCCCCCUGGAACCCACCUCCUCUUUGCCCAGACUGGGAAGAUAGAGAACGUCCCACUGGAUGGAAACACCAUGAAGAAGACGGAAGCCAAGGCUUUACUGCAUAUGCCGGAUAAAGUCAUCAUCGGACUGGCCUUUGACUGCGUGGACAAGAUGGUUUACUGGACGGACAUUAGUGAGCCUUCCAUCGGGAGAGCCAGUCUACAUGGUGGGGAGCCAUCUACCAUCAUUCGACAAGAUCUCGGGAGCCCGGAAGGCAUCGCCGUUGACCAUCUGGGCCGCAACAUCUUCUGGACGGAUUCUCAGCUGGACCGGAUAGAAGUUGCCAAGCUGGAUGGCACCCAGCGCCGGGUGCUGUUCGAGACCGAUUUGGUGAACCCCCGAGGCAUCGUGACGGAUUCCGUGAGAGGGAACCUUUAUUGGACAGACUGGAACAGAGACAACCCCAAAAUCGAGACUUCCUACAUGGACGGCACCAACCGCAGGAUUCUUGUGCAGGAUGACCUGGGCUUGCCCAACGGGCUGACCUUUGACGCGUUCUCAUCUCAGCUCUGCUGGGUGGAUGCAGGCACCAACCGGGCAGAGUGCCUGCACCCCAGUCAGCCAAGCAGACGCAAGGUCCUCGAAGGGCUCCAGUAUCCUUUUGCUGUGACGAGCUACGGGAAGAAUCUGUACUACACAGACUGGAAGACGAAUUCUGUGGUGGCUGUCGAUCUGGCUGUUUCCAAAGAGACGGAUUCCUUCCACCCCCACAAGCAGACCCGGCUGUAUGGCAUCACCACGGCCCUGUCUCAGUGUCCCCAAGGCCACAACUACUGCUCUGUGAACAACGGCGGCUGCACUCACCUCUGCUUGGCCACUCCAGGUAGCAGGACCUGCCGUUGUCCUGACAACACCAUGGGAGUGGACUGUAUUGAGCGGAAAUGAAGACAAGACUGCCGUGUUUCCUCUCCAAGUAUUUCACAGGAGCAUCCUACUUGAAUCUACUUGGUCCAGACUGAAAAACUGUCCUCUGCCUGAGUGACCACUAGGUUCAGGCCCAUCCCAGCCUGAGCCCCAACAACUUUCCCCCCACUAUUCCCCACAACAUACACUUCUUUAAUGGGAAAGUUUCUCCCCCUGUAUGAGGACAGAAUUCCCACCCUGGCCCAACUCCAGAUAAGCUUAUACAAGCCUGGGUGAUGAUUACCUACCCCAUCCCAGUUCCCUGGACCUUUCCCAAAACCUAGUCUCUCUCCCAGUGGUGAGUAGAACCAGCCAAGGCCUAAGUCAUCCCCCUCUUUGUGGCCUUAAAAGCUCAGCCUCAUUCUGAGGUACCUACCAUCCUAUCAGCUGCUUAACACACCAGCCUGGGUCUGCCUAGGUGAGGUUGUGAGUGAAGGAGGGAGUUAGCCCUCCCUUACUUUUUCUCUUGGUGCUCUGAUUUCCCUCUUUAUAUUCCCAUUUUUUUAUUCCCUAGUUCCUCAUCACCUUCAUUCCAAGGCCCUCAUUGUAAUGACCAUGUUCUGCCUUUUGAUAAGAAAUUACCCAUCCUAGAGGAUAUAUGGGUACUUUGUGGAUGAUAAUGAGCAUCCUUUUCCAGAUGAGGUAUUGGCAUUUCAGUAGUAGCCUUUGAUACUCAAAGGCUUAAGUCAAAGGAGUAUCCUAUGAUAGGAAUUUCAAAGUGUAGAGUCAGAUGUUUGAGGAUGAGGAAUUAUUUUGAUGUGCCUUAAAUUAUACCAGAGAUUACCAAAGUCAUCCUGUUUUCCCAAAGCUCCUGUAUUCCAGCAUGUGGUCUCUGGUGCUGUGUUGGUCUUCACCUUCAUUGCUAGCACUGAAGUCCACUCUCCUCACGGAGAUUUGUCUGAGGUCUGAGACAGACACAGUUUAGAGCUGGUACAAGGUGAUGACUUAACCAGUUCAUCAGUUUUUGUCUUUGCUCCAGAGAACCAAUUUAUAAAUAACCAUGAAUCUGCUUAUCCUUUUGUUCUCCAUCUUUGAACUUUAGUGGCUAAAUGUGCAUCUGAAGACACAGUAUAGGAAGAGCAAAUUGAAUAAUUAUCUUAAUGGUCCAGACUCUUUAUUGCUCGUUUGUCUAAUUAAAGGGACCACUGCUACAUUUAAUAUUUAUGUUUUUACAAUUUGUUUAGAGAACCUCUUCCAUUAGUAGCUAGUGUUGUCUUUUGUCAACUGCUUCCCAGAGUCCUAAAGCAAUAGAAAUUUUGGACUGAAAGUUGAGCAUAAGGUGUUUGAGUCAAUAAAGGAUGGGAUAAGGGAGUACAGAAGACUCAAAGUAUCAUGAAGAGAUUAUCCAAGAGCAGGAAUGGAAAGCCCAAGAGAAAUGGGUGAGGGGAGGGGAUUUAUGAAUGGCAAUUAAAAAAAAAAAAAACCCUUAAAUAA